UGGAUUGUAUGCCAAUGGAGGUUUGUGUUAACCAAAAUUAUAUGUGGUACUAAAACACAUAGUUAUUUUCAUCUAUACAGGAGAUGUGUCUAUAUCUGGUGGUGUUAUGCUGAAUGUGGACUUUGGUGAGUUCAGUCCUCAGUUUAGCCUCUCCUGUGUAUCCACUGGCGGACCUGCUACCAGAGUCACUUGGACCAGAGACUCCACCACGGUCACCCAAGGGACAACUGAGAGCCUAUUAGUCAAUGCAACCACAGCAGAAUAUAUCCAUACUCUGAAUGUGACUGGGAGAAUGGAAGGAAGGUACACAUGUACUGUGGCUAACAACAAACCAUCGAACGGAUCAGCAUGCCGUGAUUUGCCUGACCAGCCAAUAAUAGUUCUCAUGGGAAAAUCUCCCAACUCUCUUAACUUUACUUGGAAUGUUUCAAACACCAUAGAUACUAAAAACUAUACGUUUAAAUGGCAGAAGAUAGGGUGUUUAGCUGAAAAUCGAACAAACAAUGGCUCUAUUACCAGCAAUGAUACAAGUUACGUCAUAACAGGACUAGAGGAGGGCAGUAGGUACAACAUUACUGUAACUACAGGGGGACUGAGUAACACUGUAUAUGCUGUGACAACAUUGAAAGGUUAAUGCUAAAAUAUUACGUUUCCAUAAUGCUAUUACCAAAGGUGUGUGUUUAUUUCUGCAGCUCCAUCUGCAGCUCCAAAUGUGACCAAGAUUUUUGCGACUUCCUACUUCAUCACUAUCAAUUGGGAGUUCUUGGUGCCUU